GCUCUCAUCAGUCUUUACUUCCCUCUCUCGUACACAUACACAGACAGCCUCAAAAUCAUUGAAACAACGGAGUCAUGAUAUUGGUUGACGGAGUUCCUUUUCCUAACCCAUCUCCAUCUCCAUCUGCAUCUCAGGGAAGUGAAAUCCUGGAGGCCUUGUUAGAACACCCUGUACUGGUAUCUGCUUCAAAUUUGUUCAAAUCUAUCCCAGCUAGGAAGAUUUCAGUCCCUGAAGAAUCUGGUCCAGUUAAAUAUGUUUAUGUGUUCCAAAGAGAAUACGCAACUGUCGAUCCUGCACUUGUUGAGAUAGUUGGCACUGAUGAAGCAACUACAUGUGUGGGCCUUGUAAUUUGCAACAGGAAGACUGGAAUGACUUCUGUUGCACAUAUGGAUUCUCCUGCUGUUGUCGAUUUGGGUCUCACACAGAUGUUGUCAUUGGUCAAUGAUCAUGUUUCAGCUGCCGAGCUGGAUGUGCAUCUAAUUGGUGGCUAUGAAGAUGCCUCACAUGAGCGUCCACAUGGAAUAGUUGAAUCAGAGUUCCGUACAGAAUCAGAUGGUUAUUCGUUUCCUUUAUGUUCAAAAAUAGUUGAAGCUUUGCAGCGGAGCAAAGAAAAUUUCCAUAUUCAAACUGUCUGUGUUCUUAAGCAUAAUACUAGAAGAGAUUCUGAUGCAAAUACAUACCCCAUUUUCACUGGGUUUGUGGUAGAGACAUCCACUGGAUUGGUCAGGCCAGCCAUCUUUGAUACAAGCUUGAGAUGUCCAGAUGAAAUUGUCAGGAGAAUCCGAGUGACUGUAUCCUCAGCAGACCCUACUUGGAGGGGCAAGUUGCUUGAAACAUAUGAUACACACACUGAUCAAUUUCAAAUUGCCCCAUGCUCCUGGACACCACGCUGGAAAUAUUUUGCCCUCUCACUGCAGCAACUUUCUGAUCCAGAAAUCCUCCUCAGAUGUUCAACUUCACCUUAUGCUGAAGGUCCAGAUUUUGUUGAUAAUGAAAGAAGGUUAUUUGACUAUUUGAUUCAGCACCCAAAUUGGAGAGAAACAUUUCCUACGGCAAAACCACGUGUGUUUGAGAGAACUACUGAUGGACAGUGGUUAAGAUGCUGAAUAGCAUUAAGAAGAUCCUCCCACAUCUUCUAGGAUAUCUAAGAUCCAUGUUGACAGUAAUUUUCUUUCUGUAUUAAUGGAUGGAGCCUAAAAGUAGAAAUUGCAAUUAGAAGCAAGUUA